GGCUGUGUCCGUCAAUGUGGUGAACACUUCUGUCUUCUCCGUGUCACAUUCCUGCUGCCGGGCUCAAUGUCCUCCUGACAUGGGUUAUUAAGAGAGGCACAGCUCCAGAAUGCAUCCGAACACAGUGUUAUGAUUACCUUUUGUUUCUAACUACUUUUCUGAGUACCUUUCUAGAUAGGCAGAGAUAAAAAAAAAAAGACUCUUGAGCUCGCUUUCCAUUUUUCCUUUUUUGAGUUCUUUGGGGCUUCUACGGUAUCAAAUAUCUCACUUGUGCACAGAGGAAUACAGAAUUGAGCCACGGGUUUAACUUCUGCAGCUCAGGUGUGUGCAUGGGCAAGAGAAACGAAAGAAUACUGGUGUGACCUUGGAGUUUUCUUAGAUGGACCACUGUGUUCCAACACACAAACCAGUAUUACCCAAUAAGUGAUCCAUAGAGCGUCAGUGGAUGAAAUGGUAACACCUGUUCUUCAAUGAAAGGCAAGCCAGUACUAAGGAGAUGGCUUUAGUGAGCAAUGCACUGGCUGCUUACUCCUUCAUAGCAGAUCACCCGGAACGGGCGGCGCUGUAUUUUGUGUGUGGAGUGUGUUUGGGACUAGUUCUCACGCUCAUCGCACUAGUGGUACAGAUCUCCUGUCAAACCGACUGCAACACACAAAGAGUGCACAAGAACACAGGUAAACCAGCGGAGAGCACUAGCGACACCAGCGACAGUGAAUCAGACUGGGACAAUACCUCCGACCAGUCGGCACGGCGCCACCGGCGCUUUGAACGGACGCUCGGUAACGUGUUUACUUCUGCUGAAGAGCUGGAGCGCGCGCAGCGGCUGGAGGAACGAGAGCGAAUCAUACGCGAGAUCUGGAUGAACGGACAGCCGGACAUACCAGCCACACGCAGCCUGAACCGCUACUAUUGAAGUUUCUAAAGCAUUGAGAUUGUCUGAGAAAAUAUCCUCAUGUUAUGAUAUUAGCUACACUUUUUGGUGGGAUAUAGUAAGGGACUGAGAAAUGAGCAAGCCAAUACAAUUAAAAGACUGUUCUUCUGGUGGCACUAUAGUAAAGUUCUAGUUUAGGGUUUUUUAAAGAAAACUUGGUUUGAUGAGUAAUUCAUCCUAACAUAUAAAACAGUAGAGGAUAAAAGAAUAUGCUUAAGUUUUUAUUAUGCUUGACUUGAAAUACUUUUAAUUAUAAUUAAUUUUUGUCUGAAAUAAUUAGAAUACUAAAAUGCUAUUGUCGCAUUAGUGCAUUGGACAAAUCAGACACCUAUUCUUUUAUUUUUAUCAUUUUCUUGUUAUUUAAGCAAAAUGUAUUUCUGUUACAAACUGUUUUAUUAUACAAAAGCUUUGUUUUGGAGCUCAGGAUUUACAUGACCUAUUCCUCUGUGAAGGAUUUUUCUUAAUUUGGUAUAUAUAUUUUUUGAUAUUGAUACAACAAAAUGGUGUGUGCCUUUAUUUUAGAUAAAUUCUUGUAGUAUUAAUUGUGCAUGGAAGACAAUCAACUCUGUUUAUACUACAUUUGUAGGUGCUAAUGUCCUAAAAUCCAUCCAUGCAUGAGCACAGCACAGGCAAUCUAACAAUGGUCCAGAAUAGGCAUCCAAAAUCCAAAUUCUUCAUCAACCAUUCUGUUCCAAUGACAUUCAUACAUAGGGAUGUCCCGAUCAUGACCGCAAGUAUCGGAUCGGCGCCGAUAUGGCCAUUUUUUUAACUGAUCGGGGAUCGGCAGUCAGCCCGAUCACCAUACUCCGAUCAUUUACGUAAGCUGAGCACAUUUUGCGGCAGAACGUAAACUGACAAGUAGCUUGGCAUUAGCAACCCCGUGGCUAAAAUGUCUAGAAAGCGAAAACUGUCCAACAUCCACUUGCAAUAUCUGCAAUACGAUCAUUUUGUGAGGCGGUAGUAAUAGAGCUGCGUUCAAUACAACCAAUUUGAUAAGGCGUCUUAAAUAUAAGCAUGCAACGGAAUACAUCGAGUUCACUAAAACAACACAGGAAAAGGCUGCUGCGCCGAAGCAACAAGCACUGGAAAAAUAUCCUCGAGAGAGCGAAAAGGCCAAAAAGAUUACAGAGAAAGUGGUUGAAUUCAUAGCUUUGGACAACCAGCCCAUAUCUGUGGUAGAGAAUGCAGUAAGGUUCGUGACAACAUACGCAGGGGCGGAGCCAGGAGUUUUUCAAAGGGGUGGCCAGGCAGGGGCAAGCGAUCAGUCUGUGGUGGCACAGAAAUGUUCGGCCAGCAUAUUUAUAUCAUCAGACUGUGGGGGCACGGGGGUGGAUACAAUGACACCCCGGACAGAGAGGUUUGGCAACCUUGGUGUGCACACAUAUUAAGUUUGUACAUUUGUACAGAGAUGAUUUCACCUCUAAAGAAAUAAAUUGUGCCAAAAAAUGACCACAAAAAAUGACUAAAACAGCAAUUGCAAGUGGAGUGGCCAGACUUCGGUCCAUCCACCACUGGCCACCCCUUAGCUCCGCCACUGAACUUACGAGGUGAUUUAAAACAAUGUUACUGCUGUUAGUUUUUUACAACAGAUAUUUGGAGCUCUGACAUUUGCCCCAUGUCAUUGCUCAGCCUCAAUGCACACUGGAUUGAUUCCUCCACUUUCGAGUUUAAGCAUGCAGUAUUGCAUCCACACCAGUUUCGUGGGUCUCAUACAGCCGAGCAUGUAAAACAGGCCAUCGAGGAGAUGCUGAACACUUUGUUUACUUAGUUAUUUUUGUAAACAAACAAAAAAACAGUCUGCAGCUCUAUUAUCUAGGCAAAUACAUGUUUCGGAUCGGGACUCGGUAUCAGCAGAUAUUUCAUAUUUUAAAAAGCUGAUCGGGACAUCUCUAUUCAUACAUGUAGCGUUUCUUCAAUACUUGUGGCACUCUUAUUCCACACCAAUUCAAUGCAACUGUUUUAGAAAUAUAGAGUUUGUGAGAAAUUUGCAUUGGGUUGCCUACAGAUUAAUAUUGAAUAGUUUUGAAAUUGUAUAAGGAGUAAUGUGCCAAAGGUUUGUCUGUUGAUCCAGUCACUCACUACAUAUUUCUAUAAAAUAAAAUUGAAGCAUUUAAAACCUUUUAUUCAUGUUAAUUCACCUGUAAUUAUAUUCUGAAUGUCUCUGCUGCAGCCACCCAGCUUUGCACAAGCUAGCUGACCUGUCUAUUAGUGCCC